UUGCGAUAAAGGUCACGUCAUUUAUUGUUAUGCUCAGCUGUUUAGCAAGUGUCAUGUAGGCUCCAGCAAUUUUAAAUAGACAUGGCCGAUCUAUUCAAAAGUGCAUUCGGCUAUUUAGGAGCCAAUGGAACAACAUCAGACAAUAAUUUUGUCGGCCAGGAAGUCGAAGUGAAUGGGAUCAAGUUGAAGAUCAAGAAAGUCAUAGCUGAGGCGGCUUCUGGGAACUGAUCAAGCAGCAUGUGAUGCAAUUCGUCAGGAAAUUACAAUCUCCAAGCAACUUUCAGGUCAUCCGUACAUAGUUGAUUUUAUCGCAGCAUCUAUCAUUGACAAGACUAAAAGUCAAGAGAACCGGCACGAGUUCCUACUCCUGAGUGAAUUAUGCACAGGGGGCUCGUUAGUGGAUGCCUUACGGUUAUUAGAUGGUAAGCUUUUGCCAGUGGAUCAGGUUUGCACCAUCAUGUACCAGACCACCAAAGCCGUCCAGCAUAUGCAGGCACAGACACCUCCUAUUACUCACAGGGACCUUAAAGUUGAGAAUCUUCUAAUUAGUGAUGCUGGGGUUGUGAAGUUAUGUGAUUUUGGCUCAGCUAUGACUAAAUCCUAUGAAGUUGACUUGGGUUGGAAUGCAAAUCAACGAGGACUACUGGAGGAGGAGAUGGCUCAGCACACAACACCAAUGUAUCGUGCUCCUGAAAUGCUAGACACAUGGAGUAAUUACCCAAUAAAUCCUCAAGCAGAUAUUUGGGCACUUGGCUGCAUAUUGUACUACCUCUGUUAUCUUAAGCAUCCUUUUGAGGACUCGGCUAAGUUAAGAAUUGUGAAUGGAAAUUUUGCCAUUCCUGCCAAUGAUGGGAAGUAUGACUGUUUUCAUGAAUUGAUUCGUGGGAUGUUAAAGGUAGAUCCUAACCAAAGGUUACGUGUGGCUGAUGUUUUAGAGAGGUUAUGCGCCAUUGGAGAAACCAAAGGAUUUUCAUUAAAGGCACCAUUGAAGAUUUCUUACAAGAAGAUUGACCUCUCUGCUCCAGCAGAAAAUAAUGGACGGGUAGCGGAGAGAAGACCACCUCCUGACAAUCCACCAUCUCGACCGCCACCGCCAAGAUCACCCGUACCACAGCGACCCCCACCCCCCAGCUCUCAGCAGGCCCCUGGUGUAGUUAGCCAUGGUUCUCAUGGACAUCCUCCUCACCAACAGCACCCACAGACUCAUCAUUCUGCAGCAGCCCAAGGUGGUGGGGGAUUAUUUUCCUCUAUCAAAGGGUAUUCUGGAAGUCUUUUUAAGAAUAUAAAGGAUACUUCCAGUAAAGUUAUGCAGACAGUUAGCCAGUCAAUGACUCGCACAGACGUCGACUUAUCAUAUAUAACAUCACGUAUUAUUGCAAUGUCAUAUCCAGCGGAAGGUUUAGAAUCUGCAUAUAGGAAUCAUGUUGAGGAUGUUAAAGCUGUACUUGAAACCAGGCAUCCUGGACACUAUCUAAUCUAUAAUGUGUCAGGACGACAGUAUCAUUCUGCGAAGUUCAGUGCAAGAAUAAUUGAGGGGAACUGGUCUAGUAAAAAGGCUCCAACCCUUGGAGCUCUGUAUAACUUAUCUUGCAGCAUAUAUGACUUUCUCUUAAAAGACCCGAAGAAUGUAGUAGUUGUUCACUGCAUGGAUGGGAAAGCCUCGACAGCAGUCCUCGUGUGUUCGUUCCUUUUGGUAUGUCAUGCAUUUAAUCGUCCAGAGCAGGCUCUCAAUAUGUUUGCAAUCAAAAGAUCACCUCCUUCUUUGCAGGCUUCACAGUUUAAAUAUUUGGAAUACAUUCGUGAUUUGGUGUGUUCUCCACCCAUUACACCCCAUUUUAAACCAGUUACUCUAACUUCUGUCAUCAUAUCACCAAUUCCGCUUUUUACUCAGAGAAGAGAUGGUGUAAGACCAUAUAUAGAGGUGUGGCAAGGUGAUCAUAGAGUGCUCUCAAGUCUCCAGGAAUUUGAUCACAUGAAAGUUUACAUGCCUCAUGAUCACAAGAUAAUGAUUCCUGUCAAUGUCCAUCUUGUUGGUGAUGUUUGUGUGUACAUAUAUCAUGCUCGUCGAAUGAUGGGGAAGGUCAUGGGUAUAAAAGUAGCUCAAGUACAGUUCCAUACAGGGUUCAUCCCUGAAGAGGAUACAUCGAUACGAUAUAACUUACGGGAUCUUGAUGAUGUUACUGAACCAGAUAGAUAUCCAGAUAACUUCACUUUAACUGUAAACAUAUUUGUGUCAGAUGUUGAUCGUACACCUCCCCAGCCUCCUGUAUGGAUAAGCCGGCCUUCUACCUCAUUUAAGCCAAUCGUAGCUUAUGCUACAACUAUUGAAAUGGAGGAGACCCGUGAAAAAUAUGCAAGUGUCCAUGGAUCUCCAGCAACAGCGAGACGGGACUCCUUGCCAACUUCUGGUGUUCCUAGCUCUGGUAACAACAAAGCCAGUUUUAUGGCACCAUUGAACUGGGAUGACAAACAACAGCAAAAUAAACCAGGUGAGGAAGCAGAGGUGUUAAUAUCUGAUGAGGAAGAGGAACCAGCCCCUCAGCCUUCAAAAGUACCACCCCCCGUACCACCACCUCCAGCUGAGGCUCCAGCAACAGAAGCAGAUCUUCUUAACUGGGGUACAUCUCAACAAUCAGACUCUCAGCCUCCUAGCAAUGCCAACCUCUUGGAUAUUGAUAGCUCAUCUGGGAUGAAAAAGGAUCCCAGUAACUUUGAUUUACUUAGUGGUUUUAAUAAUGCUGUAAAUGAUGUGAAUUCUAGUCCUGCUCCUCCCAACUCUGCAAACCCUGAAAGUGCUCCUAGCAAUCUCUUUGAUCCUUUUGGAAUCAGUAAUGGAUCAGUUCCCAACAAUGAUCUCUUUGGCCAAUUAACUGCCGCUCCUCAGGCACAACAGCAGCCCAUGGGUACUCAUGAACAGCAGCGCAUGUUCCCUCCAGCAGGAAGUAACCUAGCAGGCAUGGGAGGAUGGGUUGGUUCAAAACCAACCACACAUGGUGGAACCCCAGCAGGAGGAACUCCUUUCGGAGGCAGCACCCCAGUAAUGGGAUCUCCUCAACAUCGUCCACAAACAGCUGCAGCUUGGCAGGGUCAACCACCAGGCAUGGCAGGACCCCAGGUGGGAAAUUGGCAGCAGCAACAGCAGCAUCAACAGCAGCAGCAGCAGCCGCAGCAGCAGCAGCAGCAGCAGCAGCAGCAGCAGCAGCAGCAGCAGCCACCAAAAACUCCUGUUGGAACCCCACAUCAUCAAAUGAAGUCUCCUUCUCAACCAAACUACGGCAGAGUAAACUUUGAUGUUGGCAAGGGAAACACACCAUCAUCAAAGAGCAAGUUUGGAGAGGAUGCUUUUGGUGAUUUACUUGGAUCUCAAGGUUUUAGCUUUACCAGUGGAAAAGACUCUGGACCUAAAACAAUGGCACAAAUGAAGAAAGUAGAACUUGCCAAGAAUAUGGAUCCAGAGAAGCUCAAGGUGAUGGAGUGGACGGAGGGUAAAAAGAAAAAUAUUAGGGCUCUUCUUUGUUCCUUACACACAAUAGUUUGGGAAGGUGCUAAGUGGAAUGAGUGUGGAAUGCAUCAGCUUGUUCAUCCAAAUGAUGUUAAGAAAAUGUAUCGAAAAGCGUGCUUAGCUGUUCAUCCCGAUAAGUGUACUGGAGCAGAUCAUGAAUCUCUAGCCAAAUUGAUCUUUAUGGAGUUGAAUGAUGCCUAUUCGGAGUUUGAGAAUGACCCAGCUCAGCAGCAGAUGUUCAAAUAAUAGGGUCAUUACAUUAAUUGUGAUGUUGAUAGCGAACCAUGUUAAAGUAGCUUGAAUUUACUCACACCAUAAUCAUAUGUUAUGUAAAUUGUCCUAAUUUUCAUAUUUUUUACUUUUGUUUCUCACGUCAUACAUCCCAUAAUUAUCAACACGAUAUUGUUGUAGUUGGUACAUAAUCAUUCCUUUAAAAUUGUGAUAAUUUAGAAAGCCAGUCUGUGCUAGGUACCAUUUAGUUUUAAUUGUAUAAAAUUUAGCCUUGCAUAGACUGUGUAUUGAAUUAUAGAAAAUUUUGAUCGGUUCCUUUUCUGCUAAUUACAGUAUACAAAUGAACUGUAUCAGAUUUUUGUUUUCUUCCACCAGCUGAUCUGAGAGACGAAAAGUGUUUAGGCUCUGUGAUUGUUUUUACUCAUUACUUUGUCACUGUCAAGAAAUCAUAGAAUACUACCUUUACAAUAUUUAAUUUUAGUUAUCUGGGUAAGUAUUGAAAAUUUUUUAUUUUUAGUAGCGACUUAUUUUUUCUAGAAUUUUAUAGUCAUGCUGGUUUCUUAGUAGAUUGUGAUAUUUCAAGUCACUGUUUCCUCUAUGACAAUACUGUUGAGGAGGUGAUUUUUUUCCCCUUGUGUGUUCAUUUGGGUAGCUUAGAAUAUUCAUGUAGAUUUCUUUGGUUAAUACCUGUUCUGUUGAUACAGGACUUUCAUUCAUGUUUCUGUACCUGAAUUUUUUUUAAAAUGAUAUCACUAUUACUAAAGGUUUGCGAUUCCUGUGACUUAUUUUAGAAGGUAUCUAUUUGCAGUUGUUGUUCGGAAGUUGAUUUAAUGAGGAUGUGACUACCCAUGGUGCUCAUGUUUAAAAUUAGUGUUGAUCAUGUAAGGUCUAAGAAUAUUGUGGUGUGUCACAACAUGUGGAGACUGGUUCCUGGUUCAAACUCUAGUCACCAUUUUGUUAACUCCACUCUCAGUGUUUUGCUUGUCAUGGUGUUACCAAUUCUUUAUUUAUGGAUUACCUUUUUGUUUGAAAUGCAGUGGCAUAUGUUGUUGUUAGACCAAGAUUCUCAUGAUCUUGUCAUUUAAUUUUAAGCAUUAGCCCAUCAUAUAGGCUAAUUAAUAUUUGAGUUUCUUACUAUAUUGUUUUCAAAAAUGUUUUCAGUGGCUUGAAUUAGAAUUGAUUCUCUUUUUUUGUGAUAGCUUGAAUCUCUAAGUACAAGAUAUUGACAUUUCUAUUUUCUUGAGCUUGUUAACCACGGGGGAAAUUCUUUGUAGUUCUAGCAGUUUUUAAUAAUUUGCAGAAUUUAUUAAGGUUAAUUAUUAACCUUGUCUGUAUUUUUGUAAGAGGGACACAGGGUAUUUUCCUUCUAAUAAUGGUUGUGUUCUCAUUUUUUUACAUUUCAUUACAUUACAAGAGCAUAAUUUAACUAUUCAUAAAAUUUCUAUAAUAAAUAUUCUUCAACUUCUUUUACUUGGAGAUGUAAAGUAGAAUAUUUCUGAUUCAUAACUUGCUUGGUUACAAGUCUUAGGUUUCAUUGAAUAUGAAAAUUUAAAACUAUUAGAAGUGUGUUAUCUUUUUCUGAUGAUUUACUUUGUUGUUAUUUAUUUGCUGUAGCAUUUGCCUUUUUUUGUACUCUUCAAAUUACAGUAUUUUUGUAGCUUCCUUUGUGAACUUUUGUGCUUUUGCUUUUUGAUGUAUGAAUCAAAUGACUGUAUAGUUUUGGAAAGCCUUGACUAAAUGGGAAGUUGUUUACUAUAGAGAUGUGUUAGCAUUUCCCAACACACACCUAGCCUCAUGAUGUUUGUUGGUCCUAUCAAACAGCAACUACUUAAAUCAACUAGAUUAGAUAUAUGAAAGAGAUUUAAGUAGUUGCUCCACUUAUAUUAGCUAAGACUUUUUUUAGUAGUUUUUGGUUUCUUCCUUUAUAAGGAUUGAUCAUUUAUUCUCUGCUCUACUUGAAUAUGGUUUUGAUUACUCUUAAAACAUUGAGGACUAUAUAUAGGUUUGAGAGCAUGCCUCCUUAUCCAUAGAAUUUGCAUUAUCAAAUUAGGUGAAAGUCUUGUCAAACUGCACUGCUAGUGCUGGUCUGAUAUAAACAGAUGGUGACCCAGAAGGUAAAAGAUUGUGUAUGUAUGGAUACAAUACCAAGGAUAUCUAUGAAGAGGGUUAAUUACCUUUUUAAUUAUAUUUCCAUAGUGAAUAUGAGACCUACCUACAUAAAUAUUAUAAAUGUAUGUCCUAUGGCCAAAAUGAAUGGUAUGUAGAUCCUGUGUUGAGAAAAUCCAUUCCCUUACAGGACAUUAUCAACUUGGAUGACCCAUGUGACUUAUAUCAGUAUGAACUCAUGACCAAUAUAUUAUCUUAGAAGUGGAAAUAAAAAUGUAAAAAAUCAACUUUGGAGGUGAAGUAUAAAAAGUAAUGCACAAAUACAAAAUUACAUGAUGUAAUUAAAAGAUGGAUAAAUGUAUGUAAAAUUUUUUUUGAUAUGAAAAUUUAAUGUUUAUCUCAGACUUGCAUCUGAUGGUUGGAUAUCUAACCCAUGGGGGGACUUUACUUGUAAAGACCAAAUAUAAAAUGAAAAUAGACAAAACCACAUCCAACCCUGACUAAUUUUGACUCUUUGCUUCUGAAAAUUAGUUCUCAGUGGUAAAAACAAUAAUGUAAAAUAUCAUUAUUAUAGGCAGAAAAUGAUUUACUGUAUCAAAAUGGCCAUCAAAAGCAUUGUCUUUUAGAUUAAUAAUAAUUACGAUUAUUUAGUUAACUGAAACCGCAAUAUCAAAUCGGUUAGAAGACAUAUGGUAAUGGAUUCCCAUAAAAUAGUCAUGUGUACAAGUCAUAGAGUAUUAUUAAGUAGCAUGAAUAAUAUAGAAGCAGCCUCACUAAUUCACCAGGUGUGGACAUGCAAUUCUGUACUGCAAAAUAGUUUUGCAGUGAUUCCAAAUGUUCUUAUUGUUGAGCAAGUGCCUCUAUAACUUGGGAAUUAUGGUACAUUGUAAUUAGUCAGUUGUGAUGAGAACUACUAUGCAAGACCCCAAGAAUGUUAAUUCUUAAUUUAAAACCUAGAGUUAAAGAUAUUGUUUGGUAGACCAAUCAUGUCUCUUAUGGAAACAAAAUUGUAAUGAUAAUCAGAAGUUUCAGUGGUCCCUGUAUAAAACCUAUGCAAAAGCUGUAGCUUGGAUAAAGGAGAGAAAAUGGUAGACGAUUGAGCAAUAUCUGUAUGUGCCUGUAGAACACUAUGAGGGCACAAAAUUCAGGGAAUAUUUUGAUUUGAAUAUUUAUGGUAUUCUUAGCAGCACCCUUAUUUCUGAAGAACCUAACAGCCUUGGAGUGAAUGGAAGAGACAUUACAAGUUAAAGACCAAGGUUAAUCAACUAGAUAACUGUGUGGUCAGAAUUUUGUUUUCUGAAAUGGUAGUAAAUGCGAAUGGGUAUUGAUUUUAGAGUAAAUGCGAAUGGGUAUAGAUUUUAGAAGAUGACAAAUAUAGAAAAAAUUCCAAAGAGGAAGAGGCAGUAUUUUCAGUAAGUCAAAUAUUAAAACAGAAAUUAAACAAGCUAUAAGCACAAUCCCUGUCACAUUAGUCUUGAGAAAAAAUGUAGGUAUGGUUGUAACAUCUGUAAAAUUAAGGCAUACCAAUAUUUGUCCUGAUAAGUGGAUGUGUCACAAACAUUUUUAUAACUUAUUUUAAAAUCACUAAUAAAGUGAACUCAAACUUUAUAAACUAGUAAAAAUGAAGAAAAAGAAGCUACAAAAUAGAAGGCAUGUAAAUAGCCUGUUUUAUUAGUUUAGCAAAUGAUAAGUAGCUUUUACAGAUUUAUAAAUAGCAAUGUUGCUUUUCUAAAAUCACAUGAACCAGUUAUAAAUCUUGGAACAGUUAUAACAGAUAUAAAAAUUCUAUGGAAAGAUACUGGAAGGAAAUUUUACAAAAACUUCACAACUUUGAUCACCUUCAGUAAGAUUCACUGAAACCAUCUAAAUAUGGAUUUUAAUAUCACUAAGAAAUGCAUUAAUUGAGGAAAUCUUGUGCAAUGUAAAACUGAUGUGUGUGCACCUUAUGAAUGUCAAUAUUUUCAUCCAGUAUGAUUACAUAUCUUGUCAUCAGUCACUUGAGAAAGUGCACGCAGAACCGUCUUACAUACUAUAUGCACUGUGAAGUAAUACUAUGUAAUAAAAUUAAUCAGUAAAGCUACCCUUUUUUUUAGAGAAAAAUACUUAAAUUCUCUAUAAACCAGUUGCAACCUUAACAAUACAGUAUGGCCUGUUUUUCAAUGACUUUCACUUAGUCACACAGAAUUACAAACAGAAAGGGAAGCUCAUUAUUAAACCUAGUAAUAUUAUUAUGGUGGGAUAGAUAAUUUUUUCUUUACUGCCUAAGUAACUCUUAAUAAAAAAGUUUUUUUCUGAUACCCAUCUUAACUUUUUUCAGUUUAAUUUUCAUUUGAAAAUAAUCAGAUAUUUGAUUAACAUUGUUGGUUAUAUUAAGUGGCACAUAUAGAUGAUCUGUACUGGAGUUGUGAUUCUAUAAAGAUAGUAUGUGUGUGGCUGUGUAACAGUGUGGGUACAUUCCAAUAUAACCCAUUGUACCUCCAUUGGUUUAAGCAGAAAAUUAGGUAUGUCAUAGUUAGGUAUUUUUGGUUGGGGUGAGCAACUGCAUCCCAAAACUAGAAGGGUGCACUUCUUGGAACCCCUCGCCUUUCCUCCCUGAGGUUAACAGGCAUGUAGGUUAGGCUAGGAUAUAUGUAUAUAUGUACACAUAUGCAUAUUACAAGAGUAAAGGAACAGACCAAAGCAAACCCCUCUGACUAACCCUAGGAAAUAUGAGGAAGUCAGCGGUUUAGUUAAAGAAUUUAAUACAUAAUGAUAAUGGCAGAUAUUUUCAUAAUGCUUUCAUAAAGUUAGAAUUCAGAAUUCAUCAUCUUCCUAACAACUUAAUUCAUUCAGAAAAUUUUAAUGAGAAUAAUUUUAAGUUAAUUAAAUUUUGAAAAUCUCAUUAUUUUAAAAUUUAGAUUUAAAUGGCUAAAGACAAACUUUUUAUACCAGCCGUCUGAGAAGUAAUUGUAUUAUCCUGGUGAUAUGGUUAAGAUACCUACAAGUUUUUAUAAUAAUUGUGGCCUAUCUUUGAAUUGUUCAUGCCAUUUGGCCUGUUGUAAAGAAUGUUAAAUUAUUAAUAGAAAAACUUUUUGCAGUUCUGUCAGUUUAUACCAACAGCAAAUUACAAAUGUUAAGAAUAAGACCCAUGAAGAAAUUCUGUAAAUCUUCAACAUUUGAAAUUUAUCUGAAUGCAUAUUAAAUUUUCAAAAAACUAAUUUCUUAAAUUCUGUAUACAUGUGUAUAUGCACAUGCAUUUAUGUAUGUAUAUGUAUGUAAUGUAUGUACUAUAUGUAUGAAUGUAUAUAUAUAUAUAUAUAUAUAUAUAUAUAUAUAUAUAUAUAUAUAUAUAUAUAUAUAUAUAUAUAUAUAUAUAUAUAUAUAUCACACUGUAUAUAUGAAUAGAUAAAUAAAACACUUUGUGCCAGUCCUGGAAGAGUUAAGGACUGUAACUCAGUGGUCUGGAUGGACUAUUUGACAACAGUGAAAAUGUGUUAGCACUAGUAACUAGAAGUUGUAGAAAUUUGUUUAGAUUUUUUUAGAUUACAGAUAUACAGUAUUUAAUAAGAAAGUGAUUAUAGAAAAUUGUAAAUAUCUUAAGGAAAGAGUUUAAGUGUAUAUUAUAUUAGUUUGAAAACCAAUGUUGUUAAGAGUUUUCUAGUUGUUCAUCCAGAAUAGGUUUGUUUGUAGUUUAUAUCUGAAGCAUCAGAAGAGAAGGCUUGUAAAUUAUGUAUUGCUCUCAGAUCCAUCAGUGGAAGAAAGCAGAGGUAGUCUAUGUUACUCUUAUUGUAAGGCCAGGUAACUGGCUUUUCAUUAGGUUCUUAUAUAUACUAUAAUAUAUAUAUUUAAAAAACUGUUAAACUUAUGAAAACAUAAAUUGCUCUUCCUAAUUCCUCAGUGCAAAAUUACUUUUAUUUUUCCAUUUUUAUUAUAAUAAAUAGUCCAUCAGUCUGUUAAUGGCAGUUGAGUUUAAUUGCAUGACAGUAGCAUGUGGGUAUGUCCAGAGCUUUAGUUGUGUGCUUUUGCAUGCAUACACAAACUGUUUCUCUGUAUUUAUAAAUAAUAGUUUUGUAGCAUUCUAGAAAUGAUUUUACCCACAAAUAAAGGCAUCACUUUAAAUGAUCUACCUGUGGUUAAUUUUGAACAUAAAAUUUGAUGUGAAAGAAAAAAAUAUUGCAGCAGUACUGAAAACUAAGUCAGCUUCUAGGAAUUUAAGUAAAAAACAAGCCCCUUCCAUUUUCAGGGGAUUAAAUAGGAUCAGCAGGAUCUCUCACUCUUCACUGACUUAUCCACCACAGAUAAUUCAUGUCACAAAUAAGAGGCAUUUACAGUUUUGAUGAAACUUGUUGGAUUGUCUAUCAUGAUAACAAAGUAAUUUAGUUUUAUAUUAGACACUUUCAUGAUGUUCAGUACUAUAUAAUUUAAGCUUUCUUAAUUCUGUAUAGGCUUUGUAACAAUAUGUUUUCACAGGAUGGCUUACUUGAAAAAUUCUUAUGGCUAAGAGGAGGCUCUUGACUCUCUUUCAAAGUUGCUGGUUUUGUGUACAGAGUCCCCAACUUAAUAGAAUCUCAUUCCUAACAAUAUGCUACCCUUUGCAAGAUCUUAGGCUUGUAAAUUUUUGUGCCUAUGUAUAGAAGGUUUGUGCACUCAAGUUUACUCUUAAUAUAAGAAAACACACACACACACACACACACACACAUAUAUAUAUAUGAUCCCUUCUAAAUGCUUAAUCUCUCUGUAAUGAGGCUUCAAUCACACAUAGAAGUGUGUAUGUAGAUCAUGUUACAACUGAAAUACAACUACAUUCCAUACUUAGCCAUGACAAAUUAUUAACUAAUGCAAACUAUGAAAUUGGAUGGGGUAGCCUGAUUGAAAAUGUUAUUCUGCAUAUAAAGUUGGGCAAGGGCCUUCAAAAUAACCUUUAUUGACAAAUUACACUGGAAAUAAAAAAAAAUGAAUAUGGUGUAAUGCAAAACAUUUAAUAUACAUUAGCAGUCCACAACAGUGAAGAUGUAAGCAACCAGUUUUAUUAGAAUGCUUUCUACCAAACUUAAUAAAUUUAUUUAGUAAGCAUA